GCGAGGCGGUGAGGCCCCGGGUGCCCUGCGCGCCCGGACGCGCGGGCCGGCUUAGCGAUGCACGCUCUCACGGGCUUCUCUCUGGUCAGCUUGCUCAGCUUUGGCUACCUGUCCUGGGACUGGGCCAAGCCGAACCUCCUGGCCGACGGGCCUGGGGAGGCCGGCGAGCAACCCUCGGCCGCUCCACCCCAGCCUCCUCAUAUCAUCUUCAUCCUCACCGACGACCAGGGCUACCACGACGUCGGCUACCAUGGUUCAGAUAUUGAGACCCCUACGUUGGACCGGCUGGCAGCGGAGGGCGUCAAGCUGGAGAAUUAUUAUAUCCAGCCCAUCUGCACACCUUCGCGGAGCCAGCUCCUCACUGGCAGGUACCAGAUCCACACAGGACUCCAGCACUCUAUCAUCCGCCCACGGCAGCCCAACUGCCUGCCCCUGGACCAGGUGACACUGCCCCAGAAGCUGCAGGAGGCAGGCUACUCUACCCACAUGGUGGGUAAGUGGCACCUGGGCUUCUACCGGAAGGAGUGCCUGCCCACCCGCCGGGGCUUCGACACCUUCCUGGGCUCGCUCACGGGCAAUGUGGACUACUAUACCUAUGACAACUGUGAUGGCCCAGGGGUGUGUGGCUUCGACUUGCAUGAGGGUGAGAGUGUGGCCUGGGGGCUCAGUGGCCAGUAUUCCACUAUGCUCUAUGCCCAGCGCGCCAGCCACAUCCUGGCCAGCCACAGCCCCCGGCGGCCCCUCUUCCUCUAUGUGGCCUUUCAGGCAGUACACACACCCCUGCAGUCCCCUCGCGAGUACCUGUACCGCUACCGCACCAUGGGCAACGUGGCCCGGCGGAAGUAUGCAGCCAUGGUGACCUGCAUGGAUGAGGCUGUGCGCAACAUCACCUGGGCCCUCAAACGUUACGGUUUCUACAACAACAGCGUCAUCAUCUUCUCCAGUGAUAAUGGUGGCCAGACUUUCUCAGGGGGCAGCAACUGGCCACUCCGAGGACGCAAGGGCACUUACUGGGAAGGUGGUGUGCGGGGCCUGGGCUUCGUCCAUAGCCCCCUGCUCAAGCAAAAGCGACGGACAAGCCGGGCACUGGUGCACAUCACUGACUGGUACCCGACCCUGGUGGGUCUGGCAGGUGGCACUGCCUCAGUGACCGAUGGGCUAGAUGGCUAUGAUGUGUGGCCAGCCAUCAGUGAGGGCCAGGCCUCACCUCGCACGGAGAUCCUGCACAACAUCGACCCACUCUACAACCACGCCCGGCAUGGCUCUCUGGAGGGUGGUUUUGGCAUCUGGAACACCGCUGUGCAGGCCGCCAUCCGUGUGGGUGAGUGGAAGCUGCUGACAGGGGACCCUGGCUGUGGCGAUUGGAUCCCACCACAGACACUGGCUGCCUUCCCUGGCAGCUGGUGGAACCUGGAGCGAAUGGCCAGUGUCCGCCAGGCUGUGUGGCUCUUCAAUAUCAGUGCUGACCCCUAUGAACGGGAGGACCUUGCUGAUCAGAGGCCUGACGUGGUCCGUACCCUUCUGGCCCGCCUGGCCGACUAUAACCGCACAGCCAUCCCUGUGCGCUACCCGGCUGAGAAUCCCCGGGCCCAUCCUGACUUUAAUGGGGGUGCUUGGGGGCCCUGGGCCAGUGACGAGGAAGAAGAGGAAGAAGAUGAAGAGGAAGGCAGGGCUCGAAUCUUCUCUCGGGGUCGCCACAAGAAAAAAUGCAAGAUUUGCAAGCUUCGAUCCUUUUUCCGUAAACUCAACACCAGGCUGAUGUCCCACCGGAUCUGAUGGUGUGGGGAGAAGGGCAGGGAUCCCUGUCCCCCUAUAAGUUCUUUUCCACUCAGUCCUGGUCCUGCUUCUUCUCAGGGGGAAGCCUGGGGUCAGGUCUCCAUCUGCAGGGAAAUGGAGGGUGUAGAGCCUCUCGGUUGAACAGGGUGGGGAACUUGCAUGGGGGAGGAGGGUGGGAAUGAAGCAGACUGGGGUGUCUGGAUCCCAGUCCUGCCUCUUUGUUGACUUGCUUUGUGACCUCAGGUGACUGCACAAGCUUUUGGCCUCAGUUUCCUUAUCUGUAAAAUGAACUCUAAUGACUUUGUGACUCUGUGGUGUGCACCUGGUGCGUGGGACCAUGGUGGAGUUCCUGGUUGACUGCACCACCUUGAAGCUCAUUUAAGGCCCUGCUAUAACUCCGGAUCUCUGUGGUGCUGCUUGGGGGAGGGGCCACAUGGAGGCCCUCCAGGUCUGGACCCCAGCCAAGGCAUGGCAAUUGUGCUGCUCUCUGAGGGUAUCCCCUGUGCACCAAGGGUGGAGGUGCAGGGAUUGCGGGGGUUGACCUUCCUGGGUCUUCAUGUGGCCUAGGCUAGUUCUGGGGCCAGUCUGGUGUGGUGGGAAGCUCUUCUUCCUGCCCUCGCCCACCGACCUCUAGCACCCAGAGGAAUUGGCUGGGCCCUUAGCCACUGCAGUAUCAAGGGUGGUGGAAACAGCUGUGAAAAAAGCCCUGAACCAAUAGUCAAGAUAUUUAGAUUCUCCUUUGACCUUGGGCACAGUCCUUCCCCUCUGGGCCUUGAUUUCCCUGCCUGCAAAUGGGGGUGCUAGCCCUGGCUUUGCCUACCUCACAGCGCUUAGAAGAGUGGCCAAGGUAAUGGUGGAGGAGCCUGUGAACUUGAUUAAAGUGCUGUAACAGGUGAA